AUGUCCUCCAAAGACGAUCCCGCAGCAGCCUGUCCCGUCGAUCACAAGACUCGCGAGGCAUGGCUUGCUCAGGCCCGCGCCCAAAACGCCAAUGUGCCACCAAAUCCCCACCACACACCCAUCCCCACGCCCGCCGCCCCGCCAGCAACACCCCUACGACCACAAUCACAAUCGGCCGUCCAGCAAUCCUGUGAUUCCUCGUCACUCGAUCAAUCCACAUCAUCCCCGCCUCCAACAAGCACCGGCAUCCUCUCCCAAAUCCGACUCGGCACCGACCGCGAAGUCAGCACCAUCCCACGCGCCCUCCCAAACACUCCCUCGCAAACCCCCGCCAACAACGAGCGCGACACAGGCGCCGACAAGACGACAGGAAAUUGGAUUUACCCUUCUGAGCAAAUGUUCUUCGAUGCCAUGCGCCGCAAAGCCUACGAUCCCUCCGCUCCUGACAUGCGCACCAUAGUCCCCAUCCACAACGCCGUCAACGAGCGCGCCUGGCACGAAAUAAAGCGCUGGGAAGCAGGCCGCGGCUCCGAAGCCUGCGGCGGCCCCAAACUCGCUUCUUUCUCCGGUCUCAGCACUAGUCUGACGCCCAGGGCUCGCUGGAAGAGUCUGAUGGGGUACCAGCCCCCGUUUGAUCGCCAUGACUGGAUUGUUGAUCGCUGCGGCACGAAGAUUGAGUAUGUGAUUGAUUUUUAUGCGGGGAGGGAUGAGGGGAAGAUGGGGAAGGCGUUGAAUUUUUAUCUAGAUGUUAGGCCCAAGUUGAAUACUUGGGAGGGGGUUAAGACGAGAGUUAUGAGGUUUUGGGGUUUCUAA